CUUUCGGGUAGUCGUGGUGAACAAGUUUGAGCUUGUAUGAAAUUGACGCUUUGGCAACUCAUAGCUACACUCCUCUGCUCUUCGAAUCAACCAAUCAGAAGCCACCAGGCCCUCGCACAAAGACUGGAGGGCCUUCGACAGACACCUCAGUCGUGCGCAAGUUGGAAAACAGUCAAGACGUGCCGCAGUAACCUCCAAGUUUCCCCCCCCUCCGAACUUCGUAAUCAUGUUACAAAGCAGUAUGUUUUCUGGGCAACGCAAUGCUGCAUUGGAGACUCAGGAACGUGUAACAUGGGUAGCCCCUGACGACGCUGAAUCAAGUGAUAUCGACAUGAGCCCUUUGGACAUUGACAGUGAUGAUGACGACCCUACCUACGUUCCUGACGAAGGCCUUACUCAGGACGGUGCCUUUGACCUUCCUAACUCUAGAGAUCGCAAGGUCAAUGUUGUCUCUCAAGCGAUGCCUAUGGAAGAGGAACCUGAGCCUAACCCUAAGAGGUCUCAUGCUGAUGAAUGGAAGAAGGAAAACAUUGAUAUCCAUGCCCCUGCCCGACUACAUUCAUCAGAAGCCUGGUGCCAGGAAUUCUCUUGGCACUAG